AUGGACGAUAUGUUUGAAUUAUCUGAAGAUAACCAAAUUCACUUGUCUAAUUUGAGAUCGAAAAUCAUUCGAGAAAUUAAUACUGCUUUGCUUAAAGAUACACAACAAGCGUUACGUGAUACGAAAAAAGCAGAAUUAGAAUUGUUUUCUUCUAAUACUCAGCAAUUUGGGAUUGAAGAGUUUGCUACAAGGAAAGAUGCGCUAUAUCCUAAAACUCUUAAAGAUGACAAUUUACAGUAUAAUGACUCCCCACUGGCACAUACUACAGCUCGAAAGCCACAAUGUCUUGAUAACGAAGGCGGACAAUUUCAGUUUGAUUAUGCAACUUUGGACAACAUACAGAGACAAUUGUGGGAAAUGAGAAUGAAAAAGUCUGUCACUAAUAGGGCACGUCACGGUGCAUGUUCUCAAGAAUGUGAUUUGAAAGAGCCCAUCCAUCCCACUUAUACGGAAAAGCAAUACGUGGACAUUAUGAAUCAAAUAUAUUUGCAUAAUUUAAAAAACGCUUCCGAGAAAAAAACUCUUAAUUUAGACAAGAAAUAUAUGAAAACCUUUACAGGAUACAUAACAAACUUUAACACAAAUGAAAAGAAUGAAAUAUUGUCUAUGUCUUUGCAGACAGAACAUAAUGAAAUGGUAUCCUUUGAAGCAAAUGCUACUCAGAAUACAACUCCAAAUGACUACAUUAUUAUACUGAGCAAAGUUGAAGAAAUUCAGAAUAAUGACAGUGCAAGUAAACUAAAUACAUUAUAUGUAAAUAAAAAAUUUAUAGAACCGCAAAAUAUAUUUGAUUCGGAAACAGACAUUAGUCUUAGAAACGAUAGUAGUUACGAGGAUAUGAUUGAUGGAAAUAAAGUUAUAAAUAACGCACAUUAUCCAAAUUACACACUCACGAACUUAUCUCAAAACCAAUGUGUGAAUCAGAAUCUGAUGGAAGCUGAGAAUAUUGAGAAAAAUACAAUUCCUCAUGAAUAUUGCUCUGAUAUGGAUAGCGACUGGUUAAUUGAUUUCAGCGAUACUAUUCUUACCAACAGUGACGGCGUUGAAAAUUCUUCUUCCGGCAUUGAAUGCUCAAAUAAAAACGAUAGAGAGCAAGACUUAACUAUUUCCAAUUAUAAAAAUGAAACUGAAGUAGAAUAUGAAGCAAAAAAGAAGAAUGAAAAAAAUGUUGUAGGAAAGGAAGACAAAAACAAUGCGCAGGAAUCAAAUAACACAACAGUAGUACAGAAUUGCGGCAGUACAGAGACCCCUAAAUUCGAAAAAAGUACCGUUAAAAACAAACUACAAAUAACACCGCGUUGUAAAAAUUAUUUAAGUCAAAAUAACAAAAAUGAUACCCUGGCAUCGAACAGAGUAAAAGCAAAUAAGUUUACUAAAGAUGGAAGUCAAUCAAAGCAGGGCGAACUGAACAGUUUAAAGACUGUUAUCCCACGUUAUCCCAAUUAUCUUCGACAUUAUAAUGACCCCAAUUUUCUAGUCAAUAAGAAAGUUGCAAAAUCUCAUGAUCAAGUCCCUGAUGAAAUCAUCAAGCAUCCUCGAUAUCCAAAUUACCUAAAGGGUCACAAUGUAACCAAAGUUAAUGUGAAUAACCAAAUCAAAAAAACAGUGAAGAGCAAUGUUGCAUCUAGUAUGGUUUUGCCCACCAACUUUAAAAAGAUAAAACAGAAAGCCAAUUUAGCUAUGAGAAAAUCUUAUACAGAUAAUCCAAUUAUUCCUCGUUCUAAUAAAAUUCCUCAAAUAAAAGAAGACAAUGCAAAAGGAAUGGUUUCUAAUGUUAAGAAAAUUAUUUUAAAGCAUACGUCUAAAUCAGAAAAUACAAAGUCUUCAGUAAAAUCUGUAAUUUUCUGCAGACCUGAUGCCAAAGAUUUAAACACAUCUAAGCAAGAUGAGAUCAGAAAUUUUACUGCUAAUAACAUCUGUGUGCAGUUGGAGACGAUCGAUAAAGUUAAUGCUACAGAAAAUGAUGAAGCGAGUGAAGAGAUUGCAGCCAAACUGGUGUCAAAUGGCUUAAAAAAGUGUGGGGAAAUGCCGAAAGUGGAAAAUGUGGCAGCAUGUAAAGAGAUUGAAUCUGAUGAAAGUUAUGAACAGAGUGAAAAGAUUAAAACUGAACUGGACUGCAAUGAAUUAAAGGGGUGUGAAGAAAUAUCGCAGGUGAAAAAUACGGUAGGGUAUAAAGAGCUUAAAUCUGAUGAAAAGUGUGAACAGAAUGUAGUGCAACUAGUUUCAAAUGGCUUAAAGAAUAAUACACAGAUACCGAUACUGAUUAAGGAUUCAUGA